AUGCGUUUCACGAUCGCCGCACUCGCCGCACUUGCGACUUCGGUCUCGGCCGUAGGCAACGCCGUUGUGAAUAACAAGUGCCCGCAGACCAUCUAUCUCUGGUCCGUUGGCGGAUCGGUUGGCAACAUGCAGACCAUUGGUUCCGGCAAGCAGUUCUCCGAACCACUCCACUACGACCCGAAGAGCGGCGGCAUCGCUCUCAAGAUGACGAAGGUCAACAACGGACUCUACACCGGUGCGCCCCAACAAAUCUUCGCCUACUCCCUGGAUGGGGCGCAGGUGUGGUAUGAUAUGUCGACGGUUUUCGGCGAGCCGUUCAAUGGCCAGCAUCUCACCGUCACCGCCAGCGGAUGCCCGACUAUCGACUGGCCAAACGGCUCGAACCCCGGAGGCAGCCAGGUAAAGGUAUGCACCAGCGACCAUGAUGUUGUGUUCACGGCUUGCGCGUAG